UAGUGGAAUCAAAUUUUAUCCUAGAUAGUUAGAGCAUCAACUUGACUGUAUAGUUGACGAGAAAAAUCAGAGCAUAACUGCUGUGAAUGAAGUACACAGACAGAUGGAUAGAUAUGGAGAGAGAUAGAAUGACAUAAAGCAGACAAAAUUUUCAAUUGUGAAAAGAACAGAAAUGGGUGAUUAAGAAUUUACCUUUGUCCGCGUGGGAGAGAGAGAGAGGGGGUGGUAAAGAUGAGUCUAAAGUAAGAGACAUGGGGAGGUGGACAAUAUCAAACAGUUUGAAUUAUUUGUUGAAAAAAGAGGAUCUUUGAGUAAGACAAGCACCAAUAAUUUUGAAACAAGAGUGAGAAAAAGAUGGAGAGAGAGGAAAAGGUAGAAAAAGAGACAAGGAAUAAGAAAAAGCAAGAAGAAGAAUUGUUGGUAGUAAAGUUGAAACAAGGUGUUUUAGUGGGGAAAAGAGGGGGUAAUUGUACUACUCCUUCACCUACAUGGAAAAUUGGGUUGGCUCAAGCUGAUGGUUCUCUACUUCAAGAUUUGCCUUUUUCUUCCAAUUCUGCUUCACUAUCUGUUAGAAAACUUGGUGCCAAUCUCUGGGAAUUUCAACCCCAAGUUAAUAAGAUGAGCAAGAUUGGCCCUCUUCAUCAAAAUCACAAAGACAAACGUUCUAAGCUGCCCAGCCAACCAUCUGACCCACCUGAUAGCCCACCACAGCAGCCAACAAGCACCAGUAGUUUAGGGAGGGACAUUGCAGCGUCACUUAGACAGCAUCAUCAUCAUUUACUUAGGAAGAAUGGAGGCGCUCAAUCACUUGAAUCUCCAGCAAGUUACUGUAGCUCGAUGGAGAUGGCUCCUUAUAAACCUGUAGAGACUCCGACCAGCUCAAAGGACCUUAAAGGUAGAAGUGGAAAGUCAAGCUACUGCCUUAAAACAUCAACAGAGUUACUUAAGAUACUUAACAGGAUUUGGAGUCUUGAAGAAAAACAUGUAUCAAACAUGUCGUUGGUGAAAGCAUUGAGAAAAGAACUCGACCACUCUCAAAGACGUGUUAAGGAACUACAAGAAGAAAAGAAAAGAGACAGAGAAGAAAUAGAUGACUUGAUGAUGCUAGUUGCUGAGUACAGAAUUGGAAGAAAGAACAACAAGCAUAACAGAACCGAAGAUGCAGUCAAGACACUGACUGUUGAGUUACACGAUGAAAGAAAGUUGAGGAAACACUCAGAAAAUCUUCACCGUAAGCUUGCUCGAGAGCUUGCUGAAGUGAAAUCUUCAUUCUCUAAUGCUUUAAAAGAACUUGAAAGAGAACGGGAGGCACGGAUUAUGCUAGAAGAAUUAUGUGAUGAGUUUGCCACUGGAACUAAGGAGUAUGAACAAGAAGUGCGGUUCUUGAAAAGCAAACUGAAAAAGGACCACACAUUGACCGAAGAGAAGGAUGGAUUGAUCAUCCAUAUUUGUGAAGCCUGGUUAGAUGAGAGGAUGCAAAUGAAGCAAGCCCAAAGUCGUCAUGGUCUUGCAGAAAAGAAAACAACUGUGGACAAGUUGAGGUCCGAAAUACAAACCUUUCUUAAAGCUAGACAUUCUAGUGAUUAUACGAAUAAUGUCCUAAACUUAAAAGGAGCAAAAGAAAGCUGCUUACGCAGGCAUUCUUUGGAAUCCUUUCACUUGAACUAUAUUGCAAGUGCACCCAGAAUAGAGAAUGAAGAUGGCAAUUCAUUUGCUAACACUAUCCAUGCUUCUGAAUCAAAUAGAGGCUGGCAUGGAAAGCAUGAUGACAGCAGCUGCAUCAACCAACAUGAGAAAAACAUAACUGAAUCCAAUCCACCACAGAAAAAGAUUGAAACUCCAGUUUCAAAAGACCCUGAUGUGACUAGCUCAAGAAUCCAACCUGAAGAGAAACUCUUUGAGUCAACGGUGGUUAAAGAGAUGCCUGUUGAAGGUAAUGAUUCAUGUGUGCUUGAGAAAAGUGUCACAAAACAAAGAAAAUCCCAGAAAACAAAGAAUAACCGGAUGAAAACUGGAAGUUCAUUGCUGAACAACUUGCUUAGGGAUCAUUCAUUGCCUUCAGAAGCUAAGACACUUGAAAAUAACGAUAAGCAUAUGGAACAUUCUUUUGAUCCAACGACGUUUACUGGCCCUACAAGUCCAGUGCAGAAGUGGACAUCAAAAUUAACAGCUCCGGAUCUUGAGGUGGUUGAAUCUUCUUCAAAAUUACCGCUAGGUGUAAAAGAGAAUACACUGAAGGCAAAGCUGCUAGAAGCCAGGCUGGAAAGACAGCAGUUGCGGCCAAGAGCUACAAAAGCUUUGUCUGAGGUUUCUUGAACAGUAAAAGGGCCAGGUAUGAACCAUAAGAUGGAAUAUGUCAAAAAGUGUUAAUAUCUUGUGAGGUGUUAGUUGCUAAUGCUGGUUUUGUAAGUCGAAAGUUUUGGUUCAGAUGGUGCUUCAAUUUCUUUGUAGUCGGCGAAUACCAAUCUGUAAAUGAGAAAUAUAUGCUGUUGUAAACAUGGUUUAGUUAUCAACUUUUUUUGUAGUUUCUCAACUGUAUCUGUAUAUGAGAGAUGUGUACUGGUUAUUCACACAGUUUCUCAUUUCAA